AUGGGCAAAGAAACCCCGGAUGGGCAGCGGGCCGUUCCUGGAGGCGGUGCUGUUCCUGGAGGCGGUGCUGUUCUUGGAGGCGGUGCUGUUCUUGGAGGCGGUGCUGUUCUUGGAGGCGGUGCUGUUCUUGGAGGCGGUGCUGUUCUUGGAGGCGGUGCUGUCCUAGGAAGAGACACCAUUUGGAGAGAAUAA